AUGGAGUAACAAGAUGCAUCAUCAAUUGCAUAAAAUAACUUGACUGGACUGGCAACAGUGCAUGGAGCAAACGAGCAGAACAAAUUACUAUCAAAGUUGAGUGAAUAAAGCAGUCCAAUGAAAACUGAUACUCACAUAAAUCCGAAUAAAGAAAUUUAUUCAGAGGAGGAAAUGAGGAACUUUACAAAAAGAGGAAUAAUUUCAUUGAUUGGAGGUGUAAUUCUACACAUAGAGUUGGGAACAUUUUAUGUUUGGGGUUCAAUCAGUCCUUAUGUUUGUGCUUGGAUGAGAGAGAAAGACAAGGAUGUCACACUAAAUUUCAUGGCUAUCAUCUUUCCAAUCCUUGGAAUCAUCACAAUGUCAGUCCUCUCAUUUGGUAUAAAGAUAGCUGAGAAAAUUGGAUUUAAAGUGACAAUAGGUAUAGGUUCAUUUACUAUUGCAUUGGCUUUCCUGAUUAUAUCAUUUAUCCAACAGAUAGGAGGAUUUAUAGCAGUGUAUUGCAUAAUGGUUGGCAUUUCUGGGGGUUUAUUAUAUAUGCUACCAAUAAUUUGUGGAUGGAGAUACUUCCCUAACCGAAGAGGUUUAGUAUCAGGAAUGACAAUUGGUGGUUAUGGAUUUGGAUCAUUCAUCUUCAAUUUCGUAUGCAAAGCAGUAGCAAAUCCCAACAAUUUGAAGCCAUCAGUAAUAGAAGUGGAGGAUGGCAAAGAUGUGAAAUACUUCGACAGUGAAGUAGGAGACAAAGUUCCAUUGAUGUUGUAAGUUCUUGCUGCAAGCUAUUUUGGAUUGGGAAUUAUAGCAACAAUAAUGGUUAGAUACCCAGCUGAAAUUGAUCCAGAUAAAAUGUUGGCUACCUUAGAGGCUGAAGAAAAGAAGAAAAGAAAAGAAGGAGCUCCUGCCCCUCCUCCUCCAGUUUUACCAGCUCAUAAAGAAUGUGUUGAAAUUAAACGAGGAAUGAAACAUCCGUCCUUUGUGAUUCUCCAAUUAAUUGUAUUGAUGUCCUGUACUUUUGGUAUGUUGAUAUCUAAUUGCUAUAAAUACUACGGAUUAGAGUUGGGAAUAGAUGAUGCUACGUUAACAGCUACUGGUUCAGUUGCAGGAGUUAUGAAUGGAUCAUCGAGAUUCUUCUGGGCAACUCUAACAGAUAAGACUUCAUACAAAUUUACAUUUACUCUCAUCUCUAUUCUCAAUCUCAUCACAACUGCCAUAUUGCCAUACAAUAAAGAUGGAAUUGGCUAUCUCUUACUGAUUGCUGUAGUCUAUCUUGCAGAAGGUGGACUAUUGGCUACUUAUCCAGUUAUAUGUGCUAAAAUCUAUGGAAAGAAAAUUGGAGGUCUCAUGUACGGGUUCAUGUUCUUCUUUGUUGGAGUAGCUAAUAUGAUUGGAUACAUACUAUAUGCUUUUGCAAGAAAGAAAAUCAAAUGGGAAGGAGUGUUUUGGAUUUGUUUCGCAUUGAAUGUCAUCGGAAUCAUAUUGGGUUUGGUUCUUAAGGAAGUGGGCUAUGAUUGGAGAGAUUAGGCAGUGAUCGAUGCAGAGAAGGAAAAGGAGAAGGAAUUACAAAACAAAGGACAAUUGGCUGCAUUCUAAAAUUGAAUUAAUAUAAUUUUUGGCUUCUUUAUAUUUAAGACUUUGGUUUUAACUAA